AUGUGUGGGCGGGCGGCGUGUACGUUGGCGCCACGGCAGCUUGCAGCUCGCUACUGUGGCACUCGGUCGAACACAGGAAGCAAAACCACAACGUCAUCAGCUGCUAGAAAAUCCGGCUCAGACGCGCCCGAGACCAGCACGAGCCCGUGCGAUCCGACUGACAAGGCGAAUCAACAGCAGCAGUUUGAGACAAAACCUUUGGUGGAGGGCGAGGCCAACGAUAAAAAACCAGGCUGGGAGUCGGCGGCGUGCGAAGGCACCCCGUCGUGGCACUCAUGCUUUCGCGGUGAUUUGAGCAAAUAUCAUCAGUCGUACAAUACGACGCCCAAACAAUAUCUACCGGUGCUCGUGCAAGAUCCAAAGACUGGGCAGCGCGUCUUUCAUGUCAUGCAGUGGGGGCUUGUACCUGCCUGGCAUCGCGGCUCACCUCGCGAUUUUGACCUCACCAUGUUCAAUGCCCGAAUCGAAGGCAUUCUGGAUAAGGCAAGUCCCCUUGUCACCGACCACUUCUUCUGUCUGCCUCCUCUUUGCAUCGAAGAAGUGGACGGGUUCUUCGAGUGGGAACAGAGUGACGAUCAGGAGAGGCGCCAGCCCUUUUUUAUUUACUCAUCCGACAAAGCCAAUGUUGCUCGAGGACGCGCAACGCCCCAGGACAUUGACGCGCUGAAGAGCGACAUUCAGCCGCUUCUCAUGGCUGGGCUCUGGGAUGUCUGGCAGGCCAAAGAUCCAGCCGUCCCGCCCCUCUACACCUUUACCAUUGUGACUGUGCCCGCUAGUGCAGCGUUUGCUCCGCUUCACGAUCGCAUGCCAGCCAUUUUGGAUACGCCCGAGAAGGUGGACGCCUGGCUGACACCCCUGCCUGAUGCCACUCCCUCCAAGAACUGCCAGCUGCUCGCCUGGCUGUCACCUUCAGAAGCACUAAGUUGGCAUCCAGUCAGCACCAAGGUGGGCAGCAUCAAGGCACAAGGUCCCGAGCUCAUCAAGCGCGUUCAAUCUCAGCGUGAGAAGAAGCAGCGUCUGGCUUCCAGCAUGUCGAUGAGCGAGGCGGUUGGGUGUCGGCUGAGCCGAUCAGCGUGCGUCAUCAACGUCUGA